AAGCCCCGCCUCCUCCGAGACGUCAGCCCCCUGGCCGGCCGGGGCCAAUGGGUGUCCGAGUUGGGUCCGGGAGGAGGAUAGUGACCCGCGCUGCCCAUACAGGACGGGAUCGGGACUAUGGUCCAGGCCUGGGCUGUCGCCGCUACUUAGCGAAUGGGUGAGCGGGACCCGUACCGUGCCUGGGCCGUGAGGGAUGAGGCAGGAACUAUAUGCAAAAUGUCUUCUCGAUGGAGCUGGGUGAUGAAUGCUUUAUAUAUUUCCCUGAGCGUUUGCUCUUUUGGAGUUUCAGGUGGACUUGUACAGUCAUGUGGUUACAUCAUUCCAGAGUCUCCAGUGUUGACCCUUGGCUCCAAUUUUACAGCACUGUGCAUUCUCAAUGAGAGUUGUCUUGACUUUGGCAAUAUACAUGCCAAUCAGAUUAUUUGGAAAAUCAAAAAUUCUGUAGUGCCUAAAGAACAAUACCGUGUAAUAAACAGAACUGUUUCCAGUGUCACAUUUAGUGACACCUCUACUUUAGCUACUCCUCUGACGUGCAACGUUUUAGCAGAUGGACAGAUUGAGCAGAAUAUCUAUGGAAUUGCAGUUACACUGGGCUUGCCCCCAGAGAAGCCUGAAAAUUUGAGUUGCAUUGUGCAUCAGAUGUCAAAAACUGAAUUUAUUAUGACUUGUACCUGGAAUCCUGGAAGGGAUACAUUCCUAGCCACUGAUUUCCGUUUAAAAUCUCAAUGGCAUAAAGAAACCUUGCCUGACUGUGAACCAAAAGGUGUAAAUAACUCUUGUGACAUUUCCAGUGUUCAGUUUUUUGUCAACCUGGAGGUCUGGGUGGAAGCUAAGAAUGCCCUUGGGAAGGCUGAAUCUGAGCACAUUGAUUUUGAUCCUGUGGACAUCGUGAAACCUCUACCUCCACGCAACUUAGCAGUCAAUUCAGGAGAACUACCCACUGUCUUGAAACUGUCAUGGGAGAACCAAAUUACAGUUGUUGAGAUGGAGCUGAAAUUUAAUAUUCGAUAUAGGAUCAGUGACAGCCCAGACUGGAUGGAGGUUCCUCCUGAAGAUACAGCUUCACAAAGAACUUCAUUCACUGUUCAGUCCCUUAAGCCUUAUACAAAGUAUGUGUUUUCACUUCGUUGUAUGAAGAAAGAUGGGUUGGGCUACUGGAGCGACUGGAGUAAAGAAAAGAGUGGGGUCACAUCUGAAGCUAAGCCAUCUAAGGGACCACCUCUAUGGAGGAAGAUUGGCAUAUCUCACUCUCCAAACUCCUGGACUGUGCAUCUGAUAUGGAAGGAAUUGGAUCGUUCUGAAGCCAAUGGAAUAAUCUUAAAAUAUGAAGUGACUGUCAGAGCAAGACCACCUCUGUCCCAUCCACCUGAAAAAUACAGUGUUAAUAGCACAAACUUGACUUUAAAUUUAACAAAUGGAACAUAUGAUGUGACAGUAACUGCUCAUAACAAGAUUGGUGGAUCUCCUCCAUCGACUUUGCUUAUUCCAGCAAGUAACUCAAAAGCUUCUGUGAAAGAUAUUAAAGCAUUUCCUAAAGAUGGCAAGCUUUGGGUAGAGUGGACAGCUCCUGACAAUAGCGUGGUUAAAUAUGUGAUUGAAUGGUGCAUGGUGUCAGACAGCUCGGACUGCACCACAGAAUGGCAGCAGGAACUUGGUACUUCUCAAGGCACAUUUUUAAAAGGAGAUAUAAAGCCAUUCAAGUGUUAUUUGAUAACUGUUCAUCCAUUGUAUACUAAUGGUCAAGGAAAUGGACAAUCUACAAAGGCAUAUCUUCAGCAAAGCAUGCCUGCAAAAGGACCCACUGUUCAGACAAAAAAAGUAGGAAAAGCCGAAGCCAUUUUAGUAUGGAAACCUCUUUCGGUGGAUGAGCAAAAUGGGUUUAUCAGAUAUUACACUAUAUUAUACAGAACUAUCAGUGGCAAUGAAACAGCUGUGACUGUGGACCCUUCCAAAACAGAAUAUACCCUCUCCUCCUUAUCCAGUGACACUUUAUACAUGGUGAAGAUGGAGGCACAUACAGAUGAAGGAGGCACAAGUGGUCCUGUAUUUACAUUUACUACACAAAAGUUUGGAAAAGGAGAAAUAGAAGCCAUAGUUGUACCUGUGUGUCUGGCAUUCCUGUUGUCUAUCCUUCUGGGAGUAUUGUUCUGCUUUAACAAACGGGACUUAAUUAAAAAGCAUAUCUGGCCUAAUGUUCCUGAUCCUUCCAAAAGUAACAUUGCUCAAUGGUCCCCUCAAACUCCAACUAAGGUCCUCAAAUGCAGUGGUUCCCAACUGUGGCCCAUAUACCACUGGUCUGCAGAAUACUUGCUGGUGGGAUGUGGAGAGCUGGCUGGUCACAUUUCUAACUUUGCUUAUCUCUGUCUGUUAAUUCACGUUGAAGGGCAACUUUAAAUUUACCGAACUCUCCAUGUAAGUAGUUGCUAUCAUUGCCACAGGGAAGUUACACAGUAAUGUUAAUGAGAGUGGCAACGUGAUUCAUGAGACUCUCUUUAAGAUGCAUUCCACACUGUGGAAACUUUAAGACAUCUGUACUAGGAUAUCUGGAAAAGCUUUGUUUUAUUCAUUUAUGCAAAAUUCCUUAUCCUACUGACAUGUUUCUCUCAGUAAUAAUGUAUCAUAAGGUAAUAACUGGAGAUAUACCAAUCUCCUAGAACUGGAAGGGACCUUGAAAGGUCAUUGAGUCCAGCCCCCUGCCUUCACUAGCAGGACCAAUUUUUGCCCCAGAUCCCUAAGUGGCCUCCUCAAGGAUUGAACUCACAACCCUGGGUUUAGCAGGCCAAUGCUCAAACCCCUGAGCUAUCCCUCCCACCAUAUCUUUGGUACCCAGAAAUUUAAGGGUUGCCAUAUUGCUGUUGCAGCACGCUCUGAUUUUGUUGCUUUUCAGAAACUCCUCCAUAACAUUUCAGUUGGUUGGUCUGCCCAUCUUGAAUUUUUUUUUUCUGGGGACAAGGACCCAACAGUAUCCAAUAAGCCUUUAGAACUCCCCAGAUGAUGUAAAUCUGCUGUAUGAAUCAGUACUCCAAAGGCCAAACUGUGCCCCUUUACUAGAACACAUCUUUGUAGCACAUAAAUUAGAAUUUAGGAACUAAUUUCUUCAUCUGGUAUGUGUGGAAGAAUUGCCCAUUUUCAAAGGGUCCUGUGAAGCUUGCAAUUGAAGCUGUAUAUUCUGUUUUGAAGGUUUCCCUAGGUAAAGUACAUGUAGACCAAAAAGAUGGAUCAAACGAACCCUGGAAGUAUGUGUAUUAAGAGCCUCAGCAGCCACACUCUUAACGCUUCAGCCUUUGUGCUCUUGUCCCAUUAACUUCUACUGAGACUUAACCAAUUUGGUUGCUGGUUUCUGACUUUCACAAACACUAGUGUUUAGAGACCUGAUGUCUUCAGAUACAGUUUUAGAGCUCUUUCUUCAAGCCAGUGAUACAGGCUCUUUAUUUUUGAAGGAUGAAAGUGGAUGACCAUUUACUCUUAACACUGAAAUCAUGCUCUGAUUUAUGUAAAUGGAAGCCAUUUCAGACAUUGUUUUAAAUCCCAGCUCACCUCCCACCAAAAUUAAAUGUAAUGUCAGAAGGAAAGAGAAUCCCAUUUUUAAGAGGAGCACCCAGCAGUGAUCGUUCUGAUCUAGUACUAGUGGUAUCUGAUAUUCAGCAUUACUACAGAUUAAUAGGAGCUGUCUUGCUAUUAUAUGAAAGACACACCCCCAGGAACAAAGCUCUGUAUUUCUCAUUCCUAUUUAAAUUUCAGUAUUUAGACUGAUGCAGAAGAUAGAAAUAAAAGGAAAAGGUUGUAAAUCCACAUUUAUGUAGAUGAACUCAUUAUAAAAUUCACAACAGGUAAAAGCAAUGAGCAAUUACAGCCUGUUCAUGAAAUUUUUGUCGUGCCAAAAUUGUACACUGUGCAGUGUUCAGCUUUUGACCUGAAAUAGUUAACUUUAAUUUUGUACUUUUAAGUCUGGAAAAUACUUUUACACUUAAUUUUAUAUUGGACACUGUAUCUUGCAAGCAGGUUUUUAAAUGUGGAUGUGUAUUAACAGUCUCUACCUAGUCUUCUGACUAUUACUAUACAUACAAAGGCAGACUUUUUUUCUUUUUUUACACUAUGGUGCACUUUAAGAAAAAAUAAAGGCAUUAUUAAAAUAAAACUACAUUUAACACUGACAUUGCUGUGUGCCCAUUUUGAUUAAUUGCCAAGACUGGCAUGCCUCAGAUGGGGAAAGUAGAAAUCUUGUAUGUUGUUUGUUCAACAGCAGGGAAGAUGGAGAGUUAAGAAUAAGCAUCUUUUGUGCACCAGCACACUUUGAAUGUCUGCUCAGUGCAAAUUAGCUAGUUGCUUAUCUCUUUAUUCCUACAACAACUAUAAAUGUCUUUUUAAUACCAUACCAUAAAUUAACCAUGGCUUGGUAAUAUUCUGUCCCAGCUGCAGCUGGGAUCUCUUGGUGAUCCUUUAUGUCUAAAUAGUCAACCCAGACAAAGCCCCAAUCCUUGACAGUGGCCAAGGAUUGCAAGGCACAGCCUGGGGGCAGCAGAGUAGAAGAAGCCACCUUUUGUGGUCCUCAAUCUUGGGCUGGCUGUGUGCCAUUCUAGGAGCCUGGCAUAAGUUACAGCAGCCUGAGGAUCACACUAAGGUUGAUUGUCAGGGGUGGCUGAGACAUUGGAGUGUGUGGCUGGGGAUUGCUUAUUUUGGCAUUUGGGAGAGGGCUGGCACAGAGGUGGUUAUAUGAGUAGUUCAGCACCAGGGGACCCCACUGCAGUUUGUAUGGAAGUGAGUCUCCUAUGGCUGGGUAUAGAGUCCUUCUGCACUAGCGGCGCAGCUGAGGGUUGAAACCUAAAUCAGCCUUUUGGUGUCUGAAUAUCAUGUGCAUGAUGAUGCAAGCCCUCUUUUUGACUUCAGUAAUAGCUGUCAUGCAGCUCUCUUGUGGGUACAGAGCCCAAAUCAUUGUCUAUUCUUAUACCAUUCACAUUGUUGCAGGGCCUGAACCCUAUUGACUUAACUGAAAAUAGGUUCCCAAACUGAUUGUGGUCCAUGAAGACCUGACUGAACAUGUGGUACUCUUCCUUGUUUCUAGUUAUUUAGCCUUUUUUAAUGCAAUUAAGUAAAUUUCCUGAUAUUAUCUUUCUGUAUAAUCAGUUGCUUGCUGUUGCUGCCAUUGGGACUGUCUGCCAUGUGAACUCCGUUCCUCCCAAUCUCUUCGCUAAAAUGUGCUCCAAUCUAACGGGCAAACAUUUUGACAACCUUGUCUUAACCAUUUAUGUCUAACUUUACUACUGCACCAAAAGUAAAUUUGACACUAAAAAUGCUGCUAUUUCAGUUUUCAUUGGCUAUAAUAAACUUGCAAUUCAUUUUAAAUACAACAGAAUGCAUUGCUGAAGUCCCUAUUUUAGGCAUCAUCCCAUUUCAAUUAAGGGUCAAGCAGAAACUUACAUUUUCUCAUAAACUUGGUUCAUGAAUCAGAAAACUGCACUUUGUGGGGAGGGAUGGGAAGAGUUUUUGAAGCCAGAGUAAAUCUUAACUGUGCGCUCAAAACAAUAAAAUAAGUAAAAAAAAGAUGAAGCUAUUGUUCUACAAACCUAUUCUCAAUAUUUGCUCCCUCAUUUAUCAUGGUUUUUGCAGGCUAAACCAUUCUCUAAGGGAAAGUAAGGAUUCUCCAUUUUCCUUGUAUUGAAUCUAAAAGUAGUUUAAACAUGUCUGUUCUUGAGAAACUGCUACCAUGUGAGGGCCCAGUCCCGAAGGGUGCUGAGCCUCAUCUCCUGUUGACUUUAGCUUCAAGCUGUUACCAACACAGCAGAGAGCAGCUCAGGAUGGAGCCCUUGGCAAUUUCACAUUUGCUUUAAAGAGAUCUUUGCAAGUAAGGAAUGCAAUAAAAACAGCAGUACUUUAGAAACACAUUUCUUCUGCAAUGGAUUGAAUAUAAGUAGAUAACACUAGAGCUGUGAUAAUGAUAAUGAUUAGAACAAUUUGACUUCCAUCUUGUUUUAUGGACUUAGAUGUCUUCCAGGCAGUGCACUACCUGUAAUGGUUACAUUUCUUUGUUGACGAUUACAAACUUACUGGCUUUUAAAGCAGUAAAUGAGCAGCCUUUGCUAUUUUGUUUCAGAUCACACCUCUUUUUUGUCUUUUCCCUAUCAAAACUUAUUGCUUAUGGGGACACUGUCAAAGUGCAACUUGGGUUUUUUUUCGUUUUUGUUUUAAGUUAAAUAGGAACAGGUGCUACACCUACCCGUUAAAACUUUGUAGUCACAUUUUCCUAAUUAUAAAAUAUUUUUCUGAAUGUGUGAAGUAAUGCAAUAAAAGGGGAAACUGAACUGAGCAUGCAAAUUAUUUUUUUCAGCUCUAGUGAUCUUCAUUGUUUAAAAUCAAAUGAUUUUUUAAAGGUCAUUCCUUUUAAGCAUGCUGUCUGCCCUCUGUCAGGUAGAUAGGAAGGGAGUGCAUUUCAAAUCUAGGUGUGAAAGCACAUACACAAUAAUUGUGCAUCUCUGUACUCAGUGCAGUAAAAAUUUAGCUUAAAAUAUUGAUAUGUCAAUGAGUUACUAAGUAACAAACUGACUAACAUUUUCUUAUUGGGUUCCAGAGGCAAGACUAUUAAAUACUGUCGGGUGACUAUACAGGCAUCUAGACAACUUCAGGCAUAAGCCACAGACGCUUUCUUGUUAAUGAAAAUGUCCAAUGCAGUUUCAAGACAUCUGUAACAUUUGACAGUGAAUGUAAAUACGAAAUGGAGUUUAAUACUGUUUGUAUAUUCAGAGUAAUUAGGGCUUGCAAAAACUAAUAUUGAUUUUUUGUAUGCCAGCUCUAAACAAUUCACAUAUAACUAGAAUUUAAACUCACGAGUGCUGCUUAAGCCUCCUCUAUAUAGAAACAUGUUGAAAUCGCAUUCCAGUAUUAAUCCCUUUGCAAGCUACUGUUUUGUUUAUUGUUCUGUAAGUGUUGUGAAUUGUGCUGUCAACAAUUUUUAUUGUAACCUUGGAUGUCUGUCUCCUCUUUACUGUAUUGUACCUGAACGUUGCUUUUCUAUCAACUAUAUUUUAUAAAGUAAAAAAAAAAAAAUUCCAAACCUG